AUGACAACUUCGCCGGAUGACAUUAAAGAUGCCUCUGGCUUCGCAGAUGACUCGUCUAUCCCGGAUACGCAGAAAGCGGAGAUGGAGGACCAGUAUGAGGUUUUCAAAAGAGGCGAUGGCCAGGUCGACUUUCGUACUGUGAGCUGGAUUCGAGCCGGUGUGAUAUUUUUGAAGAUCAUCUUUGCCACUGGCGUUCUAUCUAUUCCAUCGUUAAUGUACGAACUGGGAGCUUUACCAGGUGCCCUUAAUGUUCUUGGCUGGACUCUUCUCAACACAUACUGCGCUAUCUUGCAGGGCAACUUUCGCAAUGCCCAUCCAGGCUGUCACUCCAUUGCCGACAUGGCACAAGUCGUGGGCGGUCCUUUGCUGAAGGAAGUGGUCGGGGUUUUGUUUACAGUGAGCUAUGUGAUUGUCGCUGCGUCUGGUAUUAUUGGUGUCUCGACUGCGCUUAACGCCCUCUCGUUGCAUGCCAUCUGUACAGUCUGGUAUUCCUUCAUUGCCACUGUUGUCAUUGCAGCGUGUGCAAGCGUACGCAAAUUUUCCCACAUUGGCUGGCUCACCUGGGCUGGCUUUGCUAGCGUUUACAUUGCUGUCUUUAUAGUGGUGGUCGGCGUUACCACGAUAGAUCGCCCGGCUGCUGCACCCCAAACAGGCACCUUCGACCUGGGAUACAGAGUCAUUGGUGAUCCUAGUUUCACGGUCGGCAUCACGGCUGCGGCCACUAUCUUUGUGUCCAGUGCUGCGACCUCCGCAUUUCUUCCCGUGAUCUCGGAAAUGCGCAGGCCGAAGGACUACCCUAAAGCUGUCUACCUCAGCAUGAGCCUGGUGACCGUGUCGUACCUCACCUUUAGUCUCGUCAUGUAUGCCUGGUGUGGUAAAUGGAUCGCAUCGCCCUCUCUAGGCAGCGCAGGUCCCACAGUUAAACGCGUUGCAUAUGGGAUUGCUCUGCCUGGCCUCGUCAUUAGCGGGUGUUUGUACGUGCAUGUCGCGGCGAAAUAUUUGUUUGUUCGGAUCCUGCGCACUUCGCGUCAUCUGCAGGCUAACACAUUCGUACAUUGGGGCACUUGGCUGGGUUGCACGAUCGGCAUGGCUGCCAUUUCCUUUAUCCUUGCAUGUGCCAUCCCUAUUUUCAAUUACGUGCUUGCUCUGGUCGGCUCGCUGUGCUUUGCGCCGCUGGCAAUUAGCCUCCCUGGCUGGCUAUGGCUAUAUGGCCACUCGGAAUACCGGAGUGGCCCAAUCUUGCAUAAGAUCAUGUAUGUCUUUCAUGUUUUUUUGAUCAUUUUAGGUGCAUUCAUGGCGAUUGGGGGUACUUACGGGGUCAUUGUCCAAAUCAACGAGGCGUAUAGUGAUGGACAGAUCUCGGCGGCCUUUUCAUGUGCUGACAACAGCGGUUCAACGUGA